AUGCCCCACAAACAUACCAGGCGGGAGCAAGAUCCAUCGUCAUUCGAUCUUCCGCCCAGCCAGAUUGCGAGGUCAUUGCCCGUCAACAAGGGCCGCAAUGCCCAGCAGGCAAAUCCCAAAACUCAUAACGACGGUGUCACGAAGAAAAGAAAAAACAAGAACGAUGAUACUCCUCGCGCUUUUAAGCGCCUGAUGGCCCUCUCUCAAGGCAAGAAGCUCCGAUCAGGGCUGGAUGAUGGUCAUCCAACGAAACAAAAGAGGAAGAAGAACAACCAGGCGGGAAAAGAGAAGCCGGGUGAAUCGGACACAGGCGCUGUAGAUGCCGUUGUCAAAGAAGGAAUGCCAAAAAUUCGCCCUGGAGAGAGCAUGUCUGAUUUUGCUGCCCGCGUCAACGCGGCUCUGCCCCUUUCGGGUCUCGUCAACAAGACUGCUAAAGAUGGAAAGGACCCAGUUGGUCUCAAGGUACAAAGAACACGUAAGGAGCGCCAGAUGCACAAGUUAUACGAUCUCUGGCGGGAGGAAGAACGCAAAAUUCAGGAGCAACGGGAAGAAGAGGCCGAGGAGGCUGCUGAACGUGAGCUGGAUGAGGAGAUCAACGGAGGGACGUUUGGAACAUUCGGCAUCACACGGGCUAGUAUGCAGGAGCCAAGCCAGGGUGGAAAGAAGAAGAAGAAGAAGGGAAAGAGGGGCAAAGGAGCUGACCGUGAAGAGGACCCGUGGGCGGUUCUGAAGAAAACACGGGGAGAGGUCAAGACAGGCCUGCACGAUGUCGUUCAAGCGCCUCCAGAACUCCCCAAGAUUUCCCGCGAGAAGCUUCUUGUACGCGGGGCCGCCGUGGAUGUUUCUAACGUCCCAAAGUCUGCGGGAAGUUUGCGACAGCGGGAGGAGCUCCAGCAGAUCCGUGAGCAGGUUGUCGCUACAUUCAGAAGGAAGAAAGAAGAGAAGCUGGCUCGUCAAGCUGCUGCUGCUUCAUUAUAG